AUGUCGCCGGAUCAAAUGCGGCUUUAUCGAAAAAUUCAAGCAACUCAAAGAGGAGUUCAAAUAGAUGUGGAGAAGGUUAGUAAUUUUGAAACUUUUUAUAAGGUUAUUCAUUCUCAGUCCAAAAAAACAUGUUAUUUUUUUCAUUCUUUCGAUUCUGAAUAACCUUAUUAACAGAGAUUUUAAGCUGGAAGUUGUGUAAUAAUAACAAAUUUUCCAGGCAUUCCACACGAAGUACCUGUGGCUUUGAGCCCGGGACUCCAUCUUGGAGACAUUUUGCACAUAAAAAAGGCAGAUGUUGUCGAAGGAAACCACCGCGAUAAAUUGUCGCCGGAUCAAAUGCGCCUUCAAAAUGGAUUUGUUAAUAGUUCAAAGUGAUUGCCCCGCUGUUGUUGAAGGAAACCAUCGUAAGUUUAGAUUUUCAUACUUUAACUUUGAUCAAUUUGUAAUUUUUCAGGAAUUAUUGGUAUACCAACAACAAAUAAAGCGUGA